GAGGUGAGACUGAAAAUGGUUGAGAUGCUACCCAUGAAUGGAGGAGUUGGAGAGAUGAGUUAUGCUAAUAACUCCUUGUUUCAGCAAAAAAUCAUAUCCAUGACCUGGUUCAUCACCAAGGAAGCCAUUACUCAACUCUACAGCACCAGCUUUCCCACUGCCAUAGCCAUUGCUGACUUGGGUUGCUCUUCAGGACCAAAUACUUUUAUGGUCGUCUCCAAUUUGAUCAAGGAAGUGGAGAAAAUUCGCCAACAACUACACAAAAAUUCGAUCGAAUAUCAAAUCUUCUUGAACGAUCUCCAUGCAAAUGACUUCAAUUCGAUCUUUAAAUCCUUGCCAAGUUUCCAUGAAAAUUUGAAGACCGAUAUGGGAAACGGGCUUGGUCCAUGUUUCUUGGUGGGUGCUCCUGGUUCUUUUUAUGGCAGACUUUUCCCUGGGAAAAGUUUGCAUUUUGUUCAUUCUUCUUACAGUCUCCAUUGGCUAUCCCAGGUUCCUGAAGGGAUUGAGAGCAAUAAAGGGAAUAUUUUCAUAUCUGAGACCAGCCCAAAGACAGUUGUUGAAGCCUACCACAAGCAAUUUCAAAAGGAUUUCUCAACGUUUUUGAAGUGUCGUGCAGAGGAAUUGGUGGGUGGUGGGCGUAUGGUUGUAACGAGUUCAGCAAGAAUAUGCGAAGAAAGGGUGAACAAGGAGUGUUGCUACGCUUGGGAGUUUCUGAAUUUGGCUCUCAAUGACAUAGUUUCAGAGGGAAUUGUGGGAGAGGAGAAGCUUGACUCGUUCAAUGUUCCAAUCUAUAUGCCAUCCUUGUCGGAAGUGGAAGCCGAAGUCAUGAAUGAAGGGAGUUUCAUCAUUGAAUAUCUCCAAAUUUCAAGAAUUAAUUGGAACUUUUAUAACACUGAACUAAAUGACAUUCCCUUAAAAGGGAUGAUUGAUAGUGGUAAUAAUUUUGCAAAAUGCAUAAGAUCUGUUGCUGAACCACUUCUUGCUCGUCAUUUUGGAGAAGGCAUUAUGGAUGAAUUGUUUAGCAGGUAUAGAGAAAUCAUCAGCCAUCACAUGUCAAAGGAGAAUAAUAUUGAGAAUAUUAACUUCACUCUUUCUCUCACCAGAAAAUAAAAUGGGGUAAAAUAUACGUUUGGGGUCUCUGUUUCAAAAUUUCAUAGCUAGUUUGGUCCCAACUUUUAAAAAUUAGUUCUAAAAACUCCCUGGAGUUAACAUUCUAUUAUUGUCACUAAUGUAAUGCUGGUAUUGUUAGUAGUAAUAAAUUUA